GAAAAACUAGAAACCUCGAGAAUUGAACAAAACAGACAAAUCGCCAUUCCCAAUCUACCUGCCUGCCUACCUACCUACCAAUUUACCAGACAUCAAACAUCGUUAAGCAGACAUGCCUACGAGAACUUCGCCAACGGGGUUCCGCCCACUGGAGGACACUUUGCUGUUCAAGCCGCUGAAGCUCGGCAGCAUCAGCCUCGAGCAUCGAGUCAUGAUGGCGCCAUUGACUCGUAUGCGAGGCACCAAGUUGUCUGAUGGCAUUUGGAUUCCUGGUGAUCUACAUGUCGAGUACUACUCUCAAAGAGCCAGCAAAGGCGGCUUCCAAUUGACGGAGGCGUGCCCGAUCAGCCGUUAUUCUUGCGGAUAUCCCGGGGUUCCUGGUAUCUUUACUCCGGAGCAGAUCGCAGGCUGGAAACGAGUGACGGACGCCGUUCAUGCUAAGGGCGGCUUCAUCUUCCUUCAGCUCUGGCAUGUUGGUCGCGCCACUGUUCCAUCAUUGCUCGAUGGCAAGGACUGUGUCAGUGCGAGCAAUAUUCCCAUCUCCGGCAAGGCAUUGGAUGGCUCUGAAUAUGGCGCAACACCUCCAAAGGCCAUGUCAAUUGAAGAGAUCCAGGACACGGUCAAGGAAUUUUCCGCUGCGGCUAAACGAGCCAUGCAAGCUGGAUUCGACGGUGUGGAGAUACAUGGGGCUAAUGGCUAUCUCCUCGACCAGUUCCUUCACGACAAUGUCAACGUCCGGACUGACAUCUAUGGCGGAUCUAUUGAGAACCGCUGUCGAUUCCCCAUUGAAGUCAUCAAGGCGGUCACUGAGGCCGUUGGAGCAGACAAGACCGGCAUCCGCCUGAGUCCGUACAAUUACUUCCAGGAUACACGCGACUCGAACCCCAAUGCCCACUGGGCUUACCUGUGCGAACAACUAGCAUCACUCCCCACCGAACAUCGUUUGUCUUAUGUUCACAUGGUGGAGCCACGAUUCGACGAGGUUUUGGACGAGAGCGCCAAAUUAUCAUCUCUUGCUGAGACAGCCACAACUGCCAGAGCCACUGAAGGAAAGCCGUCUCUCGUGCCUUUCCGGCAGAUCCUGCUGAAGGGAGACAUCAAGUUCAUUGCGGCAGGCAAUUUCAAUGCCGAAAAUGCGGCUCCCAAACUUGAGUCUGGUGACGCAGACGCCAUCAUCUUUGGAAGGUGGUUCAUCGCAAACCCUGACCUUCCCUUCAGGCUCGCUGCAGGCCUGCCUCUAAACCCCUACGACCGCAACACCUUCUAUGGCGCUGAUCCUCCGGAAAAGGGAUACACUGACUAUCCAUUUUACAAGGCGGUCGAAGCUACCGCAUGAAGGUCGCAUCUUUGACCAAAAAAGGAUGGGGAUUAUUGGACCGUAAGCAUUUAGACACGUUUUGUUUGAUAGAUAGAGGACACGAGCGUUGCAUUUCGUUGCUCAAGAGCGCAACGACGGAGUUCGACUCGGACCGUCUGGGGCAUCUUGGCCUCCUAAGGUUGUGCGAUUCUGGCAAAAUUCCAUGCUCAAGAAGGUCAAACACGAGCUUCGUAGGUAGUGGUGGGCGAGCAUUUGCAUAGACUCAAAAAACCCGUAGUCAUCAGGAUAGCGAAAACUCUCCCAGC